GGUACUCUCUCUCUCUCUCUCUCUAUGCAUCUUCCGUUUCUCAGUCGCGUCUGCUGGUGAAGAACGUACCCAAUCCCGUCACUGUUCCUGGUUAACCGUCUGUUCAUCAACCGUCCAGCCUUAGAUCUUUGCACCCAUGGAAGCCAACAGGGGACAACCAAAUGGAAUUCAAUUGCUUCUUGCUGCAGAACAAGAGGCACAGCGCAUUGUCAAUGCUGCCAGAGAGGCAAAAAUGGCUCGGCUAAGGCAAGCCAAAGAAGAGGCAGAGAAGGAGAUUGUUGCGUUUCGUGCCCAAAUGGAGGCUGAGUAUCAGAGAAAGGUUGCGGAGAGUAGUGGAGAUUCCGGUGCUAAUGUCAAGCGGCUCGAGCAAGAAACGGAAGCAAAGAUUGCACACCUGAAGACGGAGGGCACAAGAAUAGCUCAGGACGUUGUGCAGAUGCUGUUGAAGCAUGUGACCACUGUGAAGAACUAGGGGUGCCGUGUAAGUGAAAGGCGCGAAAUUGCAUGGGGGCGCCUUUUCUGCGUUUGCAUGACUCUAUGGGUGCUUUCUUUGCCGGGUGUUACGAUUUCUUUUUUCUUUUUUUCCUGAUGGGUGUAAUUAGUCCCACGGCUGCUGUGAAUUUAGCUGUUUAUUGAUUCGAUUGGUGAAGUCAUGUCCCGCCUAAGAAGUCAUUACUCUUUGUUUGUUGUCUGUCCAAAGAAAAGUUUCAUACGCUUCUGUGGAGAUGUCAGUUUUGAAGCUUCGGUUGCAUGUCCUUUGUCUGAUCUACAUGAGCUUGGUCCA